GUUGUAUAUAAACAUAUCUUUAAAAGAUGGGCAAUCAAGGAGUUAUGGGUCUCCAUUCCCAAUGCUAUCUCGGAGAUCAGAAUUUAAAUGAGAAUAAAAACCAUCACGAUAGUGUACAAUAUAAGAAAUUAGUCAAAAUCAAGGGCGUUUCGACCACAUAUGAGGUGCCUUGCGAUCAGAAAAGUCCAUUAUGUGUGCGUAAUAUCUACUCUCCAAUAGCCUAUGGAAUUAGAAGAAAGCAGCGUGCGCUGGAGGCGCGGCGAAAAUUGCGAACUCGGGAAAUUCUUGAACAGUGUAGUAACUUGUUUGAUUCUGGUGAAAAUAAUUUUAAUUAUCGGUGCAGAAACAAAAACUUAUUAAGUAUUUCUGGUACUUUCUCUGAAAAUAAGCAUCCCAACCAGAUAUCUUUUAAUCGCUAUAGAGAGGAUAGCUCUGCGGUGGCAGUAUUUGUUAUGUCGGUUCAUCCUUCUUUUCCUGCUUCUAAACGCCCUACCAUUCAACCAAAUGUACGUCAGGCGCUCGUUGAUUUAUUUAGUGGUACCGAUUUGUGCUUUCUUUCUGAUGUUGAUGGAGAAACUAUGGUUUGUACGGCUGUCUUGCAAUUGACUAAAGGUGUCGAUAUUCACGAGGGUAGUAUUGUUAUUUACAAAGGGUAUGACCGAUCAUUUGUUCAUAGUUAUGUUCCUCUUUCUUCAGUGAGCACCAUAUCUAGAGGUUUGGAGCCUGAUGAGAAGGAAUACUAUGCUAAAUCGGGCGAAAUCCUAUCUUGCAAAACUACCAGUGAAGAAAUAUUCCAAGUGGACCUUAAGAGAGCUUUUACAUUGCACUAUUAUUUACCUACGGACUUUUAUGCAAGCUUCGUUGCUUUUUCCGACAAGGAUAUGCAGAAAUGGAUUGAUGCGAUCAGUUAUUUCACAUUUGUUAAUGAGGCUUUCAAUGACUAUACGAGUUGAUAUACCUAUUUAUUUACAGUUUGUGAUAGGAAUAGUAGCCUUUUUUUUAAAAGAGGUAAUCGAAACAAUAUUAGGUUUUAGCAGGUGUUUUGACAUUCUUAUUUCUAUGUUUAUCUCACAUGCGAUACUUUUGUUUUUACUAUUAUAUAUUUUUAGAAAUAGCUCAAUUUAGUGUUUAGUAUCAGAAUUCCACUAUGUUUCUAGUCUUUUUUUUAUACACUCAUGCCUUUUAAAAUUAUUUCUUUUUUUUCAUUGAAUUCACGUGAUAAUAUUUUAAAUAAUUGCUCCCUAAUGUUAAGUGAUCGCGUUUUUAAUUGAAUCUUUUAUUAUAGAUAAAUUAUCUUUAAAGCUUACUAAACAAAAUAAAGAUUCAUGUGUUGACUAUUACAUGAAAUAUAUGUACUUGCAUUAAUGUAUUGGGUUAUCAAAAAAAAAAAUCUAUCUUAAAUAAAAAUUUCAUAUAAAAUGAAUAUAAUGUUUUUUUUUUUUAUGCGAUUCUUCUCGUUUCAGGUGAUAACUUCCUAUAUAUAUAUAUAUAUAUAUAUAUAUAUUCAUUCGUAUAUAAAGAGAUAGAAAUAGCGAAAAAAAGAUAUGUAUUCCAAUUCACAGAUUUCCGACAUCGUUAGCGACCAGGUUGUUUCGGGGGCGAUUAUAUUGAAAGAGAUCUUCGGCAACUUCAACGCACCAUUGAGUGCAGCUGCCAUUUUUUCAUUGGCUUGGAUAAGGCGAUAUUGGAGUUUACUGCUUUACUUUGUAAUUUUGAGAAGGCUUUACAAAGCCAUUAGUUUCAGAAAUAUUUGGAAAGGGUUGAGUAUCAAGUCAUCUGCGAAGGCUAAACCGCAACUUGCUGAUGUGGUUGAGUCUUUACCAUUAACCAAGGUAUCAGACUCGCCUAAACGAGUGCGUGUAAAUUCAGAUAGGACUUCUAUUUUCCGCUCUACGGAGAAGGUCCCAAAUUCAAACCAAGUUCUUAUGACGGACGGAAUGAUAUUAAUUAACCGAGACGAUAGGUAUUUAGAGUUAUAUGAACGGCGGAAAGUCUCCAAACUGGAAAACAUCGAUGAACAGGUUGAGGAGCUGUUACAACAGUUUCUUCCAAGGAAUCAAAGGAUCUAAUUCUAGGACAUUUCAUUUCAAAACUCAUCGUAGUGUCUUUUUCUGUAUUUUAAAAAUUGCUGUUAUAGUUUAUUUAUUUCUAUUGAUUGAUAAAGUUUACAAUCAAGUAAAUCAAACGUAUGCAUUUUUUAUUAUCAUUUUUUUUGACCUCUUUAAGUUUGUAAUGAGCUUCUCAGGGUGUUGUUAUAGUUUCAGAAAUAUGAGUUGAGAGAAAAUUUAUCGUUUUAAACACUCAUUUUUGAUUCUCAAUAUGAAUGUCAAAUAUUUUUUAUUUCAGAAGUCUAUAAAAAAUUAUAUUACUUGAAACCUUUUAUAAAUGUUCCCAAAAUUCAGAAUAAAAAGUUCAAAAAUAUAAUUGUCGGGCACCUUUGACGUCCUGCAUAGGAGUUUAAGCCUUUUCAAGCUUAAAUUUGAAAGGCCUCAUAAAAAGAAUAGAUAAGUGUAUGUGUUUUUGUGGUGGGGUGGGAAUACUAAUGUGCAUAAAAAGAAAUCCAUAAAUAUCUUAGAUUUACGAUCAAUAGGCAAAAAGAGAAAUAUUUUAGGUGACACCUUACGGUUUAAAUGCAUCUCUGUAGUUGCAUUUAGGUGGUUGGGAUUCCUUACUUUUUAUUCCUAACCUUAGUUUUGCACUUAUAUGAUGGUAAAAAUGUGUAGAAUAUAUAUAUAUUAUUUCUUUUC